GGAAAGUCAGAGAGAGAGGGAGGUAGAGAUGGAGAGGGGAGGAAUGGCAAUUGGGGGCGUGGCAUUUGUUAUGACGUCACACAGAGCGGCUGCUUCUCCUUUUAAAGCCGCUGGUGCCUGACGGACAGACAGACUUUAAAUACCGACUCCGCCGGGAACUCUGACAGCUCUGCGCAGCGGGACGCACUCUCCUCGGUCCGGACGCGCUCUUCCUCCUCCUCCUCCUCCUCCUCGGAUGGAGCUGCUGCUGCAAUUCCUGCACAGUCUGCACCGCCGCCGGGACUGAAGUCGUGAGCAGCUCCGCUUCUUUUUUCUUUUUCUUUUUUGAUUAUUUUUUAGGGGAAUAAUAGGACUGUUCUCGGUUCCGCCGUCCUCUCUGUCUUCCAGCAGGCCGCCGUCUCCUCCGUGACUCUCUGUUCCCAUGCGAUUCUUCAGACUCACAUUCAAGUGUUUCGUGGAUUGUUUUUGAAGGUCGCUGUCCGAUCGUCGGUGUAAAUCCCUUUCUUUUAUUUUUAUUUUUAUUUUAUUUUUCAAAUUAAACCCCUGUAAUUCGAGAACCCGCCUCCCCCCCCCCCCUUUUUUUUUAAAUAACAGACUUUCUGAAUUUGUGACCUCUUUUUAAAAAAAUAAAAUAAAAAUAAAAACAUUAUUGAAUCAUCUGAAAAAGAGCUGGCGUCAUAAAUAAAAGACCAGAGUCUGGAUCCUCGGCUGCACAGAGGAAGAAUCACGUUUCUUCUGGUUGUGAGUGAGGAAGAGUGAGAGGGGGGCAGAGGAUAAAGGUCCUGCUCCUGACCCUCUGUCUCUGAGUGACUGUUGGUCUGUAACUGGCCGCUGGCUGGUUUAGUGGGACUCUGAGAGGAGGUGAACACGAGGUGUGGAAAACUGAGACUGUGGGACUAAAAGGAGAAAAAGAACUCAGUCUUUAAAGAGACAAAACCUUCAAAAUAAAAGCACGCUGAGGUGGACUGGUGUUUUACUGGUUUAUGUGGUACCUGACUGGUUGCUUGGACUUGAGUUUUGGGGACUUCUAAAAAUACAAAAAGCCAAAUUAAAGGGAAAACACCCCCCAGCCUUUGUUGACUGGUAUCUGACUGCUUUUUAGGAGUGAGAAACUGACUUUAAGGAUUAUAAUCUGCAGGAAUUAAAACACUCUAAAGUGGGAAUCACAGCUGACUAUUCCUUCUGGUUUCUAACUGGUGUCUGGGUUUAGGAGUGAUUUAAAAAGACUGAAAUCUGAAGAAAAUAAAGGGAUUCUAAGUGUGAACCAUUGCUGACUAUUCCUACUUGUCUGACUGCUAACCUAAGUGGGAACUGUGGGGAAACACCUGAACAGAAAUAAGAGAUAUUGCAGACAUAACCUGCAGGAAUUAAAGGGAAUACAGAGGCUGAAUAUUUGGAGCACUUCCUGACUGGUUCCCAUUCUGUGAAUGAUGGAGAAGCAGGCUCUUCCAGCCUCCUCCUGCUCUCUGGUUCUCCUGGAGGAGACCAAAAAGAGCCCCAUAACUCUCUCUAACGGGGGCGGUGGCAGUGGUUAUGCCCCUGCGGCCGCUAAUGGCAGCCUCGUCCCGCUGACAGUGGCGGGGACAGGCGUCGCUGGUGGAGUGGUGGGGACUGCUUGUGUUGGACAGGACAAAAAAGGUGGUGUGGUCAACGGAGUGGGGCCUGGUUACCAGGAGCGGGAAACCUGGACACGACAGAUGGACUUCAUCAUGUCCUGCGUGGGCUUUGCUGUAGGACUCGGAAACGUGUGGAGGUUCCCCUACCUGUGCUACAAGAACGGAGGAGGUGUGUUUCUGAUCCCCUACCUGCUGAUCGUGUUCGUUGGAGGAAUCCCCAUCUUCUUCCUGGAGAUCUCUCUUGGUCAGUUCAUGAAAGCGGGAAGCAUCAACGUCUGGAACAUCGCGCCGCUGUUUAAAGGUCUGGGUUAUGCCUCCAUGGUGAUUGUGUUUUUCUGUAACACCUACUACAUCAUGGUGCUGGCCUGGGGCUUCUACUACCUGAUCAAGUCCUUCACCGCCACGCUCCCGUGGUCCUCCUGCAACAACGAGUGGAACACGCCCAGCUGCAUCGAGAUCUUCCAUCACCAGGACUGCAAAAACGCCAGCUUCGCCAACAUCACCGUCGGCAGCAGCAACAUGACCUGCGCCGACCUGGCCGACGCGCGAUCGCCCAUCAUCGAGUUCUGGGAAAACAAAGUGUUGAGCAUCUCGUCUGGUCUGGACGAACCGGGGAAGAUGAACUGGGAGCUCAUUUUGUGUCUGAUGGCUGUCUGGGUUCUAGUUUACUUCUGCGUCUGGAAGGGAGUCAAAUCCACCGGGAAGAUUGUGUACUUCACGGCCACCUUUCCCUACGUGGUCCUCAUCAUCCUGCUGGUCAGAGGGGUGACCCUGCCCGGAGCCUACGAUGGCAUCAUGUACUACAUCAAACCUGACUGGUCCAAACUGGAGGAGGCUCAGGUGUGGAUAGAUGCUGGCACUCAGAUCUUCUUCUCCUACGCCAUCGGCCUUGGUGCUCUGACCGCUUUAGGCAGCUACAACCGCUUUAACAAUGACUGCUACAAAGAUGCCUUCAUCUUGGCGCUCAUAAACAGCGGGACAAGCUUCUUCGCCGGCUUUGUCGUGUUUUCUAUUCUCGGCUUCAUGGCUGCGGAGCAGGGAGUCGACAUAUCACAGGUCGCUGAAUCAGGUCCAGGUCUGGCCUUCAUUGCAUAUCCGAAGGCAGUCAGUCUGAUGCCGGUGGCCCCGCUGUGGGCGGCACUCUUCUUCUUCAUGCUGCUGCUGCUCGGACUGGACAGUCAGUUUGUCGGGGUGGAGGGUUUUGUUACCGGGAUUCUGGAUCUGUUUCCUGGAAAGUAUUAUCAUCGCUACAAAAGGGAGAUCGCUGUGGCGAUAUGCUGUUUACUCUGCUUCAUUAUUGACCUCUCCAUGGUGACACAGGGAGGGAUGUACGUCUUCCAAUUGUUUGACUACUAUUCGGCCAGUGGGAUGACUCUGUUGUGGCAAGCAUUCUGGGAAUGCAUAGUAGUUGCCUGGGUCUACGGUGCUGACCGCUUCAUGGAUGAUGUGGCUCGUAUGAUCGGCUACCGGCCCUUCCCCUGGAUGAAGUGGUGCUGGUCUUUUAUAACUCCAUGUGUCUGCAUGGGUAUCUUUCUGUUCCACCUGGUGAACUAUAAGCCCCUGACCUACAACAAUGUGUACGUGUACCCAUGGUGGGGCGAGGUGAUCGGCUGGUGUCUGGCUCUGUCCUCCAUGCUGUGCAUUCCUGUCAGCCUUCUCUACAAACUCUUUAGAGCCAAGGGAACCUUCAAAGAGCGUUGGGCCCACCUGACCACUCCGGUGUGGGGAGCCCAUCACUUGGAGUACAUGGCCCCGGAUAUCAAGUCCUUGAGCUCCAUGUCGCCCGGCACCGAUGACAACAAAGUCAUCAUCUUCGAGAGUGUCAUGUAGGCAGGACUCCAUCCCUGUCCA